AUGCAGCUCCACCAUCCUCCUAAUAUCGCUCCACUGAAAAAAAGUCUAUUCAGUGUCACCCUGUACACAUACAUCUUCUUCCAAACCGUGAUCAUAUCUCCCAUUAACCCAGAGUCUCCGAUAUCGAGCUCAUCACUUUUCUACUGAUCUCAUCCACCGUCGUACUCCAAAAUUAUGAUCCGCUUUGAGGGCAUGUCUCCAGAAGUCAUGGAGGCAAUUUGCACACCCAUGCACCAGAUUCUUCCUAUGCAGUUUCAGUCCAUGCCUUCAAUUCAAUCCGUAGCCCACCCCACCAGCUCCCAGCCAGGGUCAUUGUACCUAGGUUCCAUGUCUGCGACAAUGGAUCGCGAGUUACUCGCAAAACAUCAUAUCACCCAUAUUGUACAAGUACUCGAUGUCCCCUGGCUUCCAAUAUCAGAAAAGGACGGCUUCCGCUGCCUCCGGAUAGACAUUCUCGAUAAACCAUCUGCUGACCUUCGUCCACACCUUGAAGGCGCAUGUCAGUAUAUUGCUAACGCACUGCAAAGUGGUGGGAACGUUCUAGUGCAUUGCCAGCAGGUAUAUCUCUUCCCUUGAAAUGUUUGCAGAAUCAAGCCUGAUGUGGUUCUUGUGUAACAGGGUGUCUCACGCUCUCCAGC